AAACACACAAAUAAAAAAAAUUAAAAGAAGUCAAAGAAAAACUUAGAAAGACACAAAACUUAGCUUCGAAAUAUUCACCAACACAUAAGUACUUACAUUUAUAACAUGGAAAAAAGAAGUAAAAAAAUUUAGAAAACAAUCUUGUUUUUAGCUAUAGCUAAAAUUUAUUUUUCUGUAAAGUUUUUGAAUAUAAACCAGUCUUUCUACCACAUUAUUUAGUAGUACACGUUAGACGAAUUACUGUUAAAAUGUUAAAUAAUGAAAUUGUAUUGGUAACUGGAGGAAGUGGUUGCAUUGGUCAACAUAUAAUAAAACUCUUGAUAGAAAAAAAAGAUGAACUCGGCGUCAAAGAAAUUCGUUCUAUUGAUUUAAAAAAGUACGAGAAUCAAAUUGGACAUGAUGAGUUUGCCGAGUUAAAAACUUUUGUUGGAGAUGUAUGUGAUCUUUCUGAAUCUGCUGAUAAAAUCUUUAAAGGAGUUGGAACAGUUUUUCAUUGUGCUAACUUAAUAAGUUUGCAAUAUCCACCGAAUUUGGAUGAGUUGUACCAUGUCAACGUAGACGGUACCCAAAAAAUAAUUGAAUUGUGCUUAAAGUUCAAUAUAAAAAAUUUAGUUUAUACUUCAUGCGGCUCUGUAAAUUUUUUACCUUAUAAGAAUAGUACAUUUUCAAUUAUUAUCAAUCAAACGGAAUCAAAAGCUUUAACUCCAGUCCUUGAUAACAGACAUAAAGUGUCACCAGUAGAGUUUGACAAAGGAUUUUUAAUACCUGGAUAUGCUUCUUCGAAAUUAAGAGCCGAAAAUAUUGUUAUUAAUUCUUGUGGUGCGAAAUUAAGUAAUGGCUCAGACACUUUGAAAACUGUUGCAAUUAGAUCUCCAAUUAUUUAUGGAGAGGGAGAUAAUCAUUUUCUUCCUCCACUGUUCAAAUGUCUAGCGAGUUGGAACAAUUCUAUUCCCCGAAUUGGUGGUGCUGGAGGAAAGCAUCAGUUAGUAUAUGCGGGCAAUGUAGCUUGGGGUCAUAUUUGCGCUUUUAAAACUUUACGAGAUUCACCAAAAAGUAUCGCAGGGCUUCCCGUAUUUAUUACUGAUGAAACGCCAAUUAAUGAUUAUUCACGAUUUGUACAACGUAUUGGCAAGGAAUCGAAUAAUAAUAAGAUGAAAUUUACUCAUUCUAGAUGGUAUUUACCACAUUUUUUGUUUUAUUUUAUUGCGUUUUUGUAUGAGACCAUGGUUAGAUUAUUGUAUCCGGUUUUAAAACUUCAAUUGAAAUAUUCGUGGAGAGCUAUUUCAUCAUUCACAUCAUCUGUUAUUAUGUUCAAUCGAUUAAGAGCUGAAAUUCAUAUUAAUUACUAUCCUAUAUACAGCGCAGAUGUUGCUAUCCAUCAAUCAGCUAAAUGGUAUGGCGUCUGGUAUGAGCAUAAUAUUAAUGUAGGGAGUAAAUCAAAGAAUAAAUAGUAAAUAUAUAACACAAAGGAAUUACAUGACUAAAGACAUUAAAAUUAUUUAAUAUUGUUAUAAUCUUAUAGGUUCCUUUUAAGCAUAAACCAGUCAAGCAUUUGUUUGAUCAUCUCAUAAUAAAAAAUAAAAAAAGAGAGUUUUUUUGUAAAAUAGAAUUUGAAAAUUAACGGUUAUGCAAAAAUAAAAGUGAAAUAUUGUUUUGUUAACACUUUAUUAAAAUUUUGCCAAACUGCUUUUAAAUAAAUGUUUAUAUUUUUGAUGUUUAUAAAUUAAUAGGCAUUAUAUUUCAACUAUCUACGGAA